GACCUAGAGUUGGUUUAGGCAGUAGGGAGUUUCUGCUGGGGUCUGGAUUGGAGUCACAGAAGACCGGACCCUACCGUGUAUGAUUGGAGUCUAAAGGAAAAAAAAAGAACUUCCCUCGCCUCAAAGAGUCUACAUGUCUAAUAUUUAGACAUGUUCAGCUUUGUGGAUAUUCGAUUGGCGCUGUUGCUCAGCGCAACGGUGCUUUUGGCAAGAGGACAAGGCGAGGAUGAUCGCACAGGUGGCAGCUGCACAUUGGACGGCCAGGUCUACAAUGACAGGGACGUCUGGAAACCAGAGCCAUGCCAAAUCUGCGUGUGCGACAGCGGCACCGUUAUGUGCGACGAGGUGAUCUGCGAGGACACGACCGACUGCCUCAACCCAGUGAUUCCCCACGACGAGUGCUGCCCCGUCUGCCCAGACGACGGUACGACGCCUUGAUUCUCACGCAACGUUUUUUCUUACUUUGGGCAAACAGAA